UAAUAAAUGCCACAUUCAUGCAAAAAUAAAAAGUAAUAAUAAAAAACGUCAAGGUAGGUGACUCUUGUAUCUACCAAAAGGGUCCAAAAAGAAUCUAAAGGGACCCAAUCACACAUGCCAGCCUGAGCAGUCCCAAUUGUUUUCACGUGAGAUCUAACCCACCGGUGACGCUAAACCUCCGGCCAACUCAAUCUUGUCUGCUUGCCGGUCAUGCCUCUGUCUGCCACGUGGCCCCCUCCUCCUUCACAAGUCACCACCUAUGCUCCUUCCCUCUCUCAUUCUUCGCCACGUUCUCUCUCCUUAUUUCCCGAAUUACCCUUCACGUAACCCACCAUGCGCUGUCAUGUUUAGUUGUUAUCACUACACGACACUUCCGACGUGGACUUAGAUUCUCGAUGCUGUCUUCUUCUGCUCUCUUCUCCUUCCUUUCGUAUAUAUAAACUCGUCAUAAGGUCGUCUCUUUCAAUUCAUCAAGAUCUCUCUAUCUUACAACUCUUAAGAAUAAACUUAAACUCACGAGUCAAGUCAAUAGAGUUUAACGUUUUCAAAGACACAUAAACAAAAAUGGGAGCGUGCGUUUCACGUGAAUCUUUGAGGAGCGAUUCAGCGAAGCUUAUACUGCUCGACGGUACUUUACAAGAGUUCUCAUCUCCGGUCAAAGUUUGGCAGAUUUUGCAAAAGAACCCUACGAGUUUCGUCUGUAACUCAGACGAAAUGGACUUCGACGACGCAGUUUCAGCUGUCGCUGGCAACGAAGAGCUCCGAUCAGGGCAGCUUUACUUUGUUUUACCUCUGACGUGGCUCAAUCAUCCGCUACGGGCGGAGGAAAUGGCGGCCUUGGCUGUUAAAGCUAGUUUGGCGUUGACCAAGAGCGGCGGCGUUGGUUGGGUUUCCUGUGACGAAGAUGUAGCGAUAUCGGAAAAUACUUACCAAAAGAAAAACAUCGUCGGAGUUAAGUCGAACGGUGGUGGCGGAAGAGGUUGUGGUAAAGGGAAGAGGCGAUUCACGGCUAAUUUGAGCACGAUCGCCGAGUAGGGUCAAUUUAGUCAUUUUCAGAAAAAAAUUCGACCGACGUAUAAAUUGUAAUUAGAAAUGUUUGACUUUCUUGUUUUUUUUUUUUUUUGGAGAAAAAAUUAUCCAGUAGAUUUUUUUUAUUACUCAGUAUUUGAGAAAUGGGCACGAGGAUGAAGAUAUUCCGUUGAUGUGAUUCCAAUCUUAAUAACGAUGCAAUUUCGUAGCUAUAUGAAUCCUUUCAUGCGUAAUGA